UUUUUGGUCUCCCAUUUCGUCUUUUCUAGGGUUGUAAGUGGAUCUCACCGAGAGAGAGAGAGAGAGAGAGAGAGGUGUGAAGUUGGAAAUGGUGGGUUGCUCGAGGCAUGGCUUGCCUAAGUGGAUCGCGGCCGCCACCAGAGUAGACCUCGACGGGGCCUCCUCCUCCCCUGGUUCUCCCAAGUCCGAUGCCUCUUCCUCCUCGUUGCGGUCGUCGCCGUCGUCGUCUUCUUCAUCCCCUCAGAUCAUAUCCUCUUCUCCCGACCCCUCCACGGGCUUCGGGGAGAGGGCGCUGUCCGCGGCGGGGGCCGCCGUGGUCUCCGCCGUCCUCGUGAAUCCCCUCGACGUCGCAAAGACAAGGUUGCAGGCGCAGGCAGCUGGAGUUGCAUACUAUCCUUUGCAGCAUCCAUAUGGAAGACAAAUGGCGUCCCUUGGCCCAAGCACGAUGAUUUCGGAUUUCAGAUGCUCCCCAUCAUGCACUCGUGCUGCAGUUUUUGGUACUGAACCAGUUUGCCCUCCUGAAUGUUUUCACUACAAGGGAACAGCAGAUGUUAUAUAUAAAGUUGUUAGACAAGAAGGCUUUGUUAGAUUGUGGAGGGGUACAAAUGCAGGAUUAGCAUUGGCUGUACCAACUGUAGGAAUAUACUUACCUUGUUAUGACAUAUUCCGCAAUUGGAUUGAGGAGUUCACAGCCUGCAAUGCUCCAACGUUGACACCUUAUGCCCCUCUAUUUGCAGGCUCAUUUGCACGCUCAUUGGCAUGUGUUGCUUGUUCACCUAUCGAGCUAGCAAGAACACGUAUGCAGGCAUAUAAAGAAUUGCAAAUCGGAGCAAAGCCCCCGGGAAUGUGGAAAACAUUACUUGAUGUUCUAUCAUCUCUUAGGAGUACCAAUAACAAUCAUAACUUGCAGGGCUAUCGCAUCCUAUGGACAGGUGUGGGAGCACAACUUGCUCGUGAUGUUCCAUUUUCUGCUAUAUGUUGGUCAACUCUUGAGCCGAUUCGCCGAAGAUUACUGUCGCUGUUUGGUGAGGAAGGCAAUGCAGCCAGUGUACUAGGGGCAAACUUCUCAGCUGGUUUUGUUGCAGGAAGCAUUGCUGCUGCGGCCACAUGUCCUCUUGAUGUUGCAAAAACACGGAGACAAAUUGAGAAGGACCCAUCAAGAGCACUAAAUAUGACCACAAGACAGACACUGGUAGAGGUUUGGAGGACUGGAGGUAUCAAAGGUCUCUUUACAGGCGUAGGUCCUCGAGUUGGACGAGCGGGCCCUUCUGUUGGAAUUGUUGUUUCCUUUUAUGAAGUUGUGAAGUACAUUCUACAUCAAAGGCACAACAGUUCAUGAAAAAGCAAUGUUGUCAGACAUGGAAGACCACCUCUCUGUAUCUAAUCUUGGAUGGUGCUUCUACACUGUCGGCACACGAAGCAAUGAAGGCUUAAUGCAGUUGGAAGUGUUGGAAGUCAGUCAUUUUGUUUCAGCAUUCAAAGUGGGGCUGCAAUGAUGGUUGCUUUUGGCCUUACAUAGAUAGAUAGGUUUAGAAGGAAUAUCAACCACAAUAUCAAAUAAUUGCCAUUGGAUCGUGCUUUUGCUUUCAUCAAGUGUUCAUCCAAUUUUGUCACAAAAAUAUAAUCGCUGUCCGGUUAUCUGGCACGGAACACAACCGUUGGAGGUUGCACACCAAGCGGCAAAUACUUUUUAUCUUUUCAGAUUUAUUUUUGUGCAUCAGUCUCAUUUACUAUACUGAAACACUUGUGUGAAAAUUUUGACUGGUUGGUCAUCGCAGCACAAACAAUUAUUGUUGUACCGAUGGAUUGUAAGACUACUACACUGAUCCAAGACAUCAAUUGGUUUGGUCAUCCCAGCCCAAACAAUUAUUGUUGUACUGAUGGAUUGUAAUACUGCUACACUGAUCUAAAACAUCAAUUGAUCGGCUAAUAACCUACCAAUUUCUA